UGCCCGGAGGGAAUUUCAUGUGCGAAACACAUACAUAGUAUAUACGCGAUAAAUUGGCCCAUUUAAUUUGUGAUGAUGUCUUAUUUGAUCACUCGGUGAGACCUUAUCAUUACCUUCUGCAGGUUUAUUUCACUCUAGAGAUAUCCACAUGGUGUCAUAUACUUACAACAUGAUAUAGGAACUGUUUCGUCAGGAUACUUAAGGUAAGGUGACGUUUAAAAACUGGUUAUUUAUCAAUCUUAACGAUUAUACAUUAUAUUAGCGAUAAAUGCAAUUAUAUUCAGCGAUUUAUUAAUGUUACAGUAAGACAGCAGUACGAGAGUACCACUUCACAAUUGGUCCGUUAUGUCAACUGAAAAUCUAAUCCACAGGGAAAGGGGAUUGACCAUUCCGUCCACCGCCGUGUUCAUUGCCGGAGAUGUUGCAGGUACAGGGAUACUGGCCCUAUCAAAGGCUGUGGAAGAUAUAGGAUGGGCUGGGCUUAUAUUGAUGUUGGUGUUUGCGUUGGUGUCGACGUAUACGGGUAUUCUCCUUGGCGAGGCGUGGGCUAUGGCGGCCUCCAUAUAUGAUGACUGUAAAGGACAUUUACAAGAUCCUUAUCAGCUUCUCGGAGCAAAAACUUACGGAAAAAUUGGCAGAUAUGUUGUGUCCACAAGCCUGCACGUGUCCAUGUUUGGAACAGCUAUUGUGUUUCUCCUCAUAUCUGCCGACAACAUAGAGAUCCUGUCCUUAGCUCUGGGACACGACAUCUCCUUCUGUUUCUGGUUAUUGAUAAUUGCCGGAUGUUUGGUCCCUCUGUCUUGGUUCGGAACGCCGAAGGAUUUCUGGUUGAUCGGCUAUGGGGCCACAACAGCCACUGCUGUAGCUGCCAUUCUUAUUGUCAUCAGUAUUGGCCUAGAUGUCCCGGAUCAUCUGUCUGUUCACCACCUAAACGCUGAUUUCAAGAAUAUUUUGGUUGCAUUUGGAACCCUUUCUUUCGCAUUUGGAGGUCACUCUUGCUUUCUCACUUUCCAAAUGGAUAUGAAGCGAGAAAAGGAUUUCAAAACGGCAGUAAUUUUAGGAUAUAUCAUUGUGUUACUGAUGUAUGUACCUGUCACGUCGAUCGGCUAUUUUGUGUACGGAUCAGACCUGCAGCCUAAUGUGCUGAACAACCUACCGAUCGGAACACUGUCCUACAUCGUGCUAGUGAUGAUCACCUUACAUAUCAUCCUAGCUUUUACCAUCGUUCUAAGUCCGACCAUUCAGGACGUGGAACUGGCGCUUAAUGUGCCUAAGGAAUUCACAUGGAAAAGAUGUGUUGUGAGAUUCAUCAUAGUUGCGUGCGUUUUGUUCAUUGCUGAAACCAUACCAAAAUUCAGCUAUCUGCUUGCAUUGCUUGGUGGAUCUUCAUUUACAGUAACCGAUUUCAUAUGCCCAACACUAUUAUACAUGAAGAUGUGUAAAAUAAAAACUGAAUAUCAAGCUUCAUUAAUCAAUGAUACUAGUCUGGAAAUACAGGCAGCUUGGAGUAAACCAAAACAGUUAUUACCAUUGUGGAAGAAGGUACUUAACUACAUAAUAAUUGGACUCGGAACGCUGGCCGGACUAGCUGCCUCGGUGUCUGCCAUUAUAAACAUUGUCAGUCCGGACUCAUUAUCGAUGCCUUGCUACGCCAGCUUUGCCUGAUUCCAAUAAACCAUUUCUACUUCAAUAAAAA